AUGGAACAACAACAGUCUUUUGCCGACGCGCCCGAACUGUACUCGGCACAAUGGGUCAACAAUGAUCAAAGGCAGCAGAGGAGCCUCGCACCCGCGUCACGCAUAACGCCCGAGGAGAUGAUGCUCCACGCUGCUGCAACCCAGAUGCAGAACGCCCGCGAAUAUUCGAUGCCUCCCGGCAUGGGCGCCUCGAUGAGCCAGUCGAGCGCCCAUAUGAGCCAUUCCAUGUCGUUCCAACAGCACGCCAUGCCGAGGCAUCCUCUGCCAUCCGAAAGCUUCGCCAACAACAGCUUCACUGAUGAUAGCCAGAUGAUUGAUCGCGACGAGGACGGUGACUCUUUGGCGGGAGCGAUGGGCAUGCAAAAGUCGAGCUCCGCCAGGUCUAGUGCUAACAAUGAGUUGGAGAUGCGUCACCUCUUCAACGCAAACAAGCACCGUGGCUUGCAGGAUGUUGCCAGCGAAUUGCACGGCAAUGAACGAGGCCCCAACUCCGAACGUACCCGACAAGUCUUCGCCAUGCUCUGGAUCAACUCGGUAUGCACCAAGGGCAAGGGAUCUGUGCCGCGAGGCCGUGUAUAUGCCAACUACGCGUCCCGGUGUGCUACUGAGAGGAUCACCGUCUUGAACCCUGCCAGCUUUGGUAAGCUGGUUCGCGUACUCUUCCCAGGUCUCAAGACUAGGCGACUUGGUGUGAGAGGAGAGUCCAAGUACCACUACGUCAACUUUUGCUUGGUUGACGAUCAGCCCGACCUCCGCGAGCCCGAGCCUCACAUACCCGUGGCUAUCUCCGAACCUACCCGUUCCCAAAGCUUCAGCACGGUUCCCGCCAAAACCCAGCCUACCAAAGCCGUACUGCCGUCUCCCGAUGUCACCAAGCGGCCAGAGAGCCCAGCCCAGGCCUCGCAUGGCCACUCAAGAUCGCAUAGUUUCUACAGCCAUCCGAAUGUGACCAGUGCGGAUCACCUAAACUCAUCCACCUCGAAGACAUCGCUCCACUUCUCAUUCCCCUCGGAAGCGGAUGAAGCCCUUCUCCAAUCUAACGAACCUCUUGUGCUACCUCGAAUGGAGCCUUUCUUACCCAACGGAACUGACCCAGAUGCUGCGAAGAGCUUGUCUGCCCUGUACAGGUCGCAUUGCACCUCACUCGUUGAAUGCGUUCGCUACUGCAAGGAGAAGACUUUCUUCCAUCUCUAUACGUCGUUCCAAGGCACGUUGACGAUGCCAGUCCAGAAGCUACUGGGCCACCCUAGCCUCGCUCCCUGGAUUGAGGAGUGCGACUUUAUCCUGUACCAACGCAUGCUUAGGAUCAUCUCCGGGCUUACACUCCAGGUCGUGCCCAAACCGGUUCUGGAUACGCUACGCAACAUCUCCGAGCGGCUCGUACCCCACAUUCGAGAGGCCUUCCAGGGGCAGCCGCACCACGUUAUCCGGGCCAAGGAGGCGCCGGCAACCAUCUUCGCGGCUCUGCUGGAUCGAGCACUGAGAGUCAACCUUACCGCCCACGCGGCGGCCAACAUGCUGUCGAACCCGGCCAACCGCGACCAGAUGUAUCUUGAUUGGAUCACCAUGGUACGCGUGCGUAAGGUGGCUGAGUGCGUACCUACUCGGGGCAUGGAUGAUCUCGUCAGCUUGCUUGUCUCCGAACUUCGAGAUCUGCUCAGCCCCAUGAACGUACCUUGGGAGGUUGAGUGUUUGACUGUUUACGGCGACAUUGCCCUGAGAAAUGGCCGCCAACCGGAUGCUGAGAGCACGGGAGAGCACAACGGCCAGAAUGUCCUGGAACGCUGGGUUGGCUUCCUCAAGUCACUACCAACGCGGUUCCCUUACGCUUCGCACACGGACAUUGUCUACUCCGUUCAAAGAGUUGGCACGGCAGUGAUGCGGGAUCUGACUAUGGCCCAGGGCAAGAGCUUCGGUUCAUGGUGGGUCACAAAGUGUUGGAUCGACGAGAUGACUUGCUUCCUUGCCGAGCAAGGCGGAUUCCUACAGAUGAGAACAUCCGGCGCAUCGGCAGCUCUCGUCAACACUCAAUCGGCUGCUCAGGAGGCGAGUCGCCAAGGGUCCCGGUAUAGCACCGGUAGCGAGGAGUUCAACUUUUCCAGUCUCCCGCAAGCGGAACCCGACAAGGCGCCGUUUCCACCAUCAACGAGCCAAGGCCAGGUCGAUUCUGCGGGGAUGACGGCGGGAAGUAACCCGGAUGAUAGUGGGAUUGGCAUCCGGACGCCAGAGGAGGACUUUCCCAUGGACAAAUACACCUUCUCACACUCGGAGGUCAACCAAGCGCUGCUUGCCAAUGCCGAGUUGCAACAAUGA